CCGGUCACAGGGCUAACCGGGUCUGCUGUCCUGUGUGCGGUAUGGACCCAAUGGCAAUCUAGCCGCAGAGAUGAACCCUGGGCCGAGCUGAUCUGCUGGAUCUUGCUGCCAAUAUUAUGCAAGGCUAUCACCUUGUCCACCAAUCGACUUGAUACGGAAAAGGUAAACGAACCGCGGAUAUCACCCGUUCGGUGGUUAUGGUUAUUCGCAGUAUGCAUAGCAAUUCGAGCUGCAUGCGAAGGAGAACAGGGGAGCAACUGGCUUCUUCCACUGUUGAUGCCUCUCCUAUUAGCCACCGAGCAGUACCUCGGGCAGGACCUAUCAUGGCCAGCCUCUCUUUGUCCCGCCUUUAGUUUCAUGAUUUCGAACACACUGUUGGGCACAACCUUGAUAGCCCUCUUCGGGAUUUUCACUCUCAUUGAUUUCAAUCUGAUUCGCUUUGUGUUGUCGAUAACAUCAGCGGUGGCUUCCUUUACAAUGUACUUGACACUGCUAAACAAAGGAUCCAACCGCUCUCGACAUAUCCCUCACGUCUAUAUUCGAGAGGAUAUAGACCCUCUUUCUUUUCGGGUGACUUUUACUCUUGUCGUCGUUUUGGCAUUGAAGACCUUCAUGUUUGGGUGCGCCGUCCCUCAAAUGCUUCCAACCAUUACGCUGGGCAUCUCCAAGGCGUUCACUUGGUUCUUCUUCAUUCAAACCGCUCAUUAUACUACAUGGCGGAUAGCAGUACCAAUCACAACCUUCAGCAUCUUAUCAACAACUAACCCAUAUUCUCAAUCGUCGGAUGCCGAUUCUUUUUUUGUAUUGAUCGGCUCAAUCGUGUUUCUAGCCCAGAUCAUUGGAACAAUUCCUAAAUACCCAAAGACUCUCUGGGUACUGUCUCUCAUCCCCAUAAUCCCAUACCUUCUCAGUCUCCAAGCCAUCAUGUCGAGCCAACACAUGGCAAGGAUCAGUUUCCGCAGCCACCAGAUGCAUCCCGUGGAAGAGGCGAUACAUGCCGCGCAAGAUGAACUCAACUCACUCAUCCACCGACAGUCCAGAACCUACACCGCCGCAUGCGAGGAAUACAAACGCCGGUACGGCUUCGAACCUCCCCCAGGCUUCGAGGAAUGGUAUGAGUUUGCAAAGACGAAUCAGUCACCAGUCAUCGACGACUUUGACACCAUCCAGAGAUCCAUCGCUCCCCUGCUAAAACUAAGCGGCCGCGAGGUUCUGGAAGCCAUGAGCCGGGUGUAUUCGCGGCCAGGUAGCGAAGUGUGGUCUUGUGAAUAUUCAUCACAGAAGUCCGAGACGCACUGCAGCCAUCCUCGGCGCACAUUCGACAGGCAUAUAUCGCUCUUGUUUAACAGGUUGAUGAAAGAUGUUCCCAGUGGCGUUCACUCCCUCAGGUUUCUUGUCAAUCAUUUUGACGAGCCAAGAGUCCUGACAACAUGCAAAUCGCUUCGAAACCAACUACCAUCUCAAGUCGGGAGUUCGGGACAGGGGAGAACCGGUGAUGAAUACCCAAGCCAAGUCUGGGAUAUGAUCAGCCAAACCUGCAAAUUCCAAGACCUCGAAUCAGACCGAUCCGAGAACUGGUCACCCUCGCCCGACAUAGGCCUUGUCCGAAACCACAGCCACCAGGUUGAUAUCUGCCAACACCCUGAAUACCGACAUAUGCACGGCCUCCUCAUAAACCCGGUAACGUUUCGCCCAAUCGAAGACCUCGUCCCGAUCCUCUCGACGGGGUCGCUCUCCACAAUGGGCGACAUCCUCCUACCCAGCCCAGCCUACCUCGAAGAAGAGUUCCAGUACGACGAGGCACGGGACACGGACUGGAACGGCAAGCAGAACAAGCUGUACUGGGCAGGCUCCACGUCGGGCGGGCACGCGGACGGAAGCCACUGGAGAGACUUCCACCGACACAGAUUCGUAAACAUGGUCCAAAACCCGGCGCGGGACCACACAUACUGGUAUCUACGGCAGAGAAACGGGCUGGUCGAGCGCGUCCCGUCACCGUUCCUCAACCGCCGAUCAUACAGCGUGGCCUUCACCAGGGUCUUCCAGUGCGCGCCGUCCGCCUGCCACGACCAGCGCGCACACUUCAACGUCAGGCCGUGGGCGCACGGGGACGAGGCGCUCGGAUACCGGCUCGCGCUCGACCUGGACGGCAACGGCAUCAGCGGGCGUUUCUACAAGCUGCUGGCGUCCGGAUCCGUUCCCCUGAAGCAGACCAUCAUGCGGGAGUGGCAUGAUGACAGGCUCGUCCCGUGGGUGCACUACGUCCCCGUGAGCCAGGACAUGACGGAGCUGCCGGAGUUGAUUACCUACCUGACGUCGACCAAGUCUGGGCAGGAGCAGGCCAGGAGGAUUGCUGAACAGGGGCGAGAUUGGUUUUCGAGGGCAUUUCGUGAAGUUGACAUGACGAUCUACGUAUAUCGACUUUUACUAGAGUUAGCGAGGCUUCAAGAUCCGACCAGAGAGGGAGCUGAAGAGGUUAAA